CCGCACCCUCCCCCUUCUCUCUCUCCUGCUCUGCCCCGGUAUCUCCCCUCUGUCUCUCCCUGCCGAAGACCGUAGCGCAGUUUUCCAGCUCUCUCCUCACUAAAAGUCCGCACCGACUCCAGGACAGUUGAUCGCAGGGAAUAUAAUCCAAAAGGAAUAAAGGCAGCAGAGGGAGAGGGUGGAGGAGGAGGAGUAGCAGUCCCUUCGACAUAAACCGUGACCGUUAUCCAGGGAAGAGGGGUCUCCCCAAAACCUGAGCCAUGAGUCGCAGCAUCGUGCGGCAGAGCAAGUUUCGUCACGUCUUCGGCCAGACGGUAAAGGCUGAGCAGGGUUACGAUGACAUUCGUGUGUCCAAGGUGACAUGGGACAGCUCCUUCUGCGCCGUCAAUCCAAAGUUCUUGGCAGUCAUCGUUGAAUCCAGCGGAGGAGGAGCGUUUCUGGUCCUGCCCCUUUCUAAGACAGGUCGUGUGGAUAAGAACUACCCACUGGUGAUCGGUCACUCUGGACCUGUCCUCGAUAUCGAUUGGUGCCCUCAUGACGACAAUAUCCUGGCCAGCUGUUCGGAGGACUGCACUGCAAUGGUGUGGCAGAUUCCAGAUCACACUUUGACCCGCCCCCUGUCGGACCCGGUGGUGGUCUUGGAGGGACACUCCAAGCGAGUCGGCAUUGUCAGCUGGCACCCCACCGCACGCAACAUACUACUCACUGCAGGCAGUGACAACCUGAUAAUUAUCUGGAACGUGGGGACAGGUGAACCCCUCAUCUCCAUGGACGACCAUCCAGACCUCAUCUACAGCGUCAGCUGGAACCGUAACGGCAGCUUGUUUUGCACCACCUGUAAGGAUCGACGUCUGCGUGUCUGUGAUCCCCGCAAAAGAGAAGUGGUGGCGGAACGUCUGGCUCCACAUGAGGGCAUCAGGCCAAUGAGAGCAAUCUUCACCAGAGAUGGAAACAUCUUCACUACAGGAUUCACCAGGAUGAGUCAAAGAGAGCUCGGCCUCUGGGACCCGACCAAUUUUGAGGAACCUAUUGCACUUUUGGAGUUGGACACAAGUAAUGGAGUAUUGUUACCUUAUUACGAUCCAGAUGCAAAUAUGGUCUACCUCUGUGGAAAGGGGGACAGCAGUGUCCGCUACUUUGAGAUCACAGAGGAACCACCGUAUGUUCACUACCUCAACACCUUCAGCAGCAAGGAGCCCCAGAGAGGGAUGGGCUUCAUGCCCAAAAGAGGUGUUGAUGUCAGCAAAUGUGAGAUUGCCAGGUUGUAUAAGCUGCUUGACAAGAAAUGUGAGCCAAUCACAAUGACAGUGCCCAGAAAAUCGGACCUCUUUCAAGAUGAUCUGUACCCAGACACAGCAGGACCCGAGCCCGCCAUGGAACCCGAGGAGUGGCUUGAUGGGCGAGAUGAAGAUCCCAUCCUGGUGUCCAUGAGGCAGGGCUACGUGCCACCGAAGAGCAGAGAGCUCAAAGUGGUGAAGAAGAACGUCCUGGACUCCAGACCCACCACCCGACGGAGCAUGUCCACUUUGGACACCAACAGCCUGCCGCCUCAGCUGCUUGAGAGGUUGCUGGAAGAGAUUCAGAAUCUGAAGGCCACAGUGUUGUCUCAGGAGAAGAGAAUCUGUGACCUGGAGAAUAAGCUUUCCCAGUACACCAAUGGCACUGCCUGAUGUGCAUGUAAACAUGGUCUGAAGAACUGGUCUGAAUAUUAUUGACGAGGAUUCACUCUUGUGAAUGCUCUAUGAAUGUGUACAAGUGAGCAUCUGACAGAUUUGAGGAAAUUACAUCCGUACCCGUUCGGCGGUUGAUUCUAUAAAAUCUUUAUCCCGGUUUUACCUUUAAUUCUACUGCAGGAUAUUUUUGGCAUAGUCACAAUUUUACAUAGAAAAAGAGGGAGGUGAGGUUUGUGUGAGGGCACUGUAAGUUUGAGCGUGUAAGUUAGGUUGAAGGGCUAAAGAAGAUUUCUAAUAAAGAAAAUUGCAAGUAUAAAAAAAAUGCAAGAGCAAGACUUACUGCUUGAAAUGCAACCCGGUUAGUGUUUAUAAUUUGCUUCUAUUAAAAAAAAUAAAAAAUACACGCCUGCUUGAAACCUGCCCACACAUCCUCUCACUGCAUGUGGAGUCACGCUUACGGCUUUGGAGGGUCUCAUAGUUACAACGGAACAUUAACAGAGACAUUUCCCCUCAAAUCAGCAUCUGGAGUGAUUAAUACAAUCACAUAAAAACAAAAAUUAGUGGCAGAAACAAGCUUCCAUAUUUUCUUAUGUUUCUUUUGUAAUAAUCUUUAUAACAUCAAAAUCCUAAUACUUUAUAGUAAUUUUAUGUAUAAAGCACUUUUUGAGGAAAAAGUGUUUUACAGGAAACUCUGGGAAAAAAGUUAAAAAUGUGAAAAGCACAAAUAAACAUUUUUUUAAGCUUGAGUUCACGUUCAUCAUGUACAUUUGUCAAAUUAUUUCUUUUGUCUGUGUUUAUUGUGCUACAGACAUGCAAAAGACCUUCAGAUGCUGCAUUACUGAAGCAGUUAGUAUUUGUUGGUAUUUUUUUCCUCUGUUCCAGACAUGAAACAGGUGCUGAUCUGAGAUGGCUGUGCGCUGAUGUAGAGUCUUUACUCGAGGGCCUUGUGACCUCACCAAAACUAAAUCAGUUUAGAAAAAAAGAAAAGGCAUUUAAUGCAGGAGACCCUUGAAGCGGAGUGAGAGUGUGUAGGGGCUGGCUUGGAAUCGGGCUGCUGCAGUAAACAUGCUUGUACCAUCACUAAGCGCUUACACAUAACCAAAAAGACACACAAACAAACCAGGAGACAUUUCAACCCCCUGUGUGGUAGAUGACCAGUUUAUUUAAAUAAUGUUAAGAAAAUGUUUUUAUAUGUAAAUAGUGAUAAAAGAAAAACGGAGAAGAAAAUGUAGCAAAAUAUUAAAGGAGAAACACUUUGUGUUGUGUAAAGGUUAUACAUUAAACACAUUAUGACGACAAUAAAAAGGGAUUUUUUAA